AUGCGUUUCAUGUAAUAUCGGUUUGUGCUUUUCACGCUAUUCUGUUCUUCCGCAUCCUGAAGCUGCGUUUUACGAACGAUUCGGGAUUUAGGCUAUGGGGAAAAGAAAGUCAAGAGCAAAGCCACCUCCCAAGAAACGAAUGGAUAAGCUUGAUACUGUCUUCAGCUGCCCUUUCUGUAAUCAUGGCAGCAGUGUUGAAUGCCGCAUUGAUAUGAAGAACUUGAUAGGAGAAGCUUCUUGCAGGAUAUGCCAAGAGAGCUUCAGCACUACCAUUACGGCUUUAUCUGAGCCAAUAGACGUAUACAGCGAAUGGAUUGAUGAAUGUGAAAGGGUGAACAACCUGGAAGAUGACGGGGCUUAGCUGCGGUCUUCAAGGUUUAGAUGUUAUUCUAGAAUAGUGGAGGGGACAUCUGUCCAAGUUUAUGCUUUGACCCACCUCUAAUUAUGCCACUCCCUGUCUUAUGUACUACUGGUGCUGAUAUAAUCAGCUUUUGAGCAGAAGUUACUUUUAGUAAUAGCAUGUACAAUAGUAUCAAAUAAUCGCGUGUUUAGAUGAAGUUAGCUCGAUAAGAAGUUCACUGGCAUGAGAUGUAAAGUGCAUGAAUUGAGUACGUAUUAGUUGCAUCUCUAAUUAGCUUGUGGGUAUUUUUAAUGCCUUUGCAAUUUA